UUCGUUUUUGUCUUCCUUCUUCUCACAUCCCUAGGCUUGGAACGUUUCAAUCCUCCAUUUUGUCCACUCCGCAGAUUUCUUUGAUCUCGUCUCUGGGGUUGUUGAUUUCCAUCUCGUUCAGCUCCGCACAUCGGUCCCCCCAGCCUUGCUAGUGAGAGGAGUUACCCAAAUUGGCAAACUACUGCGAAUUCGGGCAUCAUUUUAUAAAGACUGGCCGCUGUCCUUCAUCGACUCCUAAGCCAAGACUACUCAAUUCUUUCUUCAAUUUUCCUUGCAAAUUGGUGCUGGCGUUUCUCCUAGAGGCAUAGAUUGUGUUUUUUUCUCCUUCGUCAUGGCUUCUUUUUUUCGUUGGUACAAUGGAAGGCUCGCAGCCCGUCCGUAUCUCACCCAGGGCGUGACGACUGCAGUCCUGUUUGCUACUGGCGAUAUCACCGCCCAGCAGCUGGUCGAGAAAAGGGGCGCCAAGGGCCAUGAUGUCUCCCGAACUGGUCGCAUGGCGCUCUACGGUGGAUGUGUCUUUGGGCCCGUUGCGACUACCUGGCUGGGCUUCCUAGCUCGUCGCGUCACCUUCAGGAAUGCUCGGGUUGAGACGGCGGCGCGUGUGGCGGCUGACCAGCUGCUGUUUGCUCCCGUCAUGAUUGGAGUCUUCCUCGGCAGCAUGGCCACCAUGGAGGGUAAAAGCCCCCAGAAGCGCCUGGAAACUACCUGGUGGUCGGCUCUCAAGGCCAACUGGGUGCUCUGGCCGGCUGUGCAAUUCGUCAACUUCACCUUUUUGCCUCUGCAGUACCGUCUGCUGUUUGCCAACGUCAUAUCAAUUGGCUGGAACAGUUACCUGAGCUGGGUCAACAGCAAGGGCGGCAACAAGAGCAAGGACCACGAAUUGGUCGCUGCCCCAGCCACCUAAAUUUCUCUUUGUUUCUCCCAGGUAUGGGACUGUUUUGAUGUGGCUUUGCUUUUAUCUGCGUUAGAGGGAAAAGAAGACAAGAUAGAGGGCUAGAGAUGAUUCCUCAAUGCGGUAACUUCGAUGUACCUCACGAUAAUCAUCAUGCAUGACGACACAGUGCAUUUUCACCUCACAUCAUCACUUAUGUCUGAUGCUUUGUUAUUUCUUUAUUAAUAUAAUAAUGCUCCCCGUAUCGCUUCAACUCAGCUGCACCAGUGCAUUGACAUAGAUGCAAAUGUACUCCGAAUGUAGCAUGUCAAUGCCCCCCUGAGCCUUGCUGACGUUGAUGCGGUCUUGUGAUCGGGUCCGAUGAUGGGGGUUUAGAUAAGCCUUGUUCAGGGGG